AUGAAGGGUUCUCACCAUCCACUUCUGCUGCUUCUGUUUCUGCCUUUUGUUUCCAGGUCUCUUGCAUCAGUAGCCGCCGAUGGUUCGGUCUAUGAGACCUUUCUCGAUUGUAUGUCCAACAGAACCUCAUCUGAUCAGGUCUCGUCGCUCAUCUUUUAUCCCAACAACUCUUCAUACACUCCCACUUUACAGGCUUACAUCAGAAACCAAAGGUUUAAUACUUCGACUACUCCCAAACCGUUGAUCAUCGUCACCCCAUUAAACGAAACCCAUGUCCAGUCUACAGUCGUUUGCUCCAGGAACCAAGGAAUGAACCUCAGAAUCCGAAGCGGGGGCCAUGAUUUUGAAGGACUGUCGUAUGUCUCCUAUACUCGCUUUGUUCUACUCGAUCUGUCUAAUCUUCGGUCGAUUGAUGUCGAUAUCGAAGAAGAAACUGCAAUGGUUCAAGUAGGUGCCACCAUCGGAGAACUUUACUACAGAAUAUGGGAGAAAAGCAAAGUUCACGCUUUCCCCGCCGGAGUCUGCACAACGGUUGGAGUUGGCGGUCAUAUAAGUGGAGGUGGAUACGGUGUUUUGUUGCGGAAAUACGGACUGACCGUGGAUAAUGUCGUUGAUGCGAUGAUUGUCGAUGUUGAGGGCAGGGUUUUGGAUCGAAAGUCAAUGGGGGAAGAUCUUUUCUGGGCGAUCCGAGGAGGAGGAGGUGCAAGCUUUGGAGUCAUACUCUCAUACAAAAUACGACUCGUUCGAAUUCCUAAAACUGUUACCGUGUUCCGAGUUUCGAAAACGUUGGAGGAAAAUGUAACCGACAUCGUUAACCGGUGGCAAUACGUAGCUGACAAGAUCGACAAUGAUCUAUUCAUAAGAUUAAAUUUAAAAGCUGAUAAUGUCAAGAAGACGAUUCUAGCAGGUUUUACGGCACUCUUCCUAGGAGAUUCUAAUCGCCUCGUGUCCGUAAUGAACAACAGAUUUCCCGAAUUGGGUAUCCAGAAACAAGAUUGCAAGGAAAUGAGUUGGGUAGAAUCCGAGCUUUUCUGGUCGAGCAACGAUAACGCAACUGUGAAAGUUCUGCUAGAAAGACGCCUUUUUUCUGCUAACUUUGCAAAACGGAAGUCGGACUACCUACAGAUCCCGAUUCCUAGAAACGAGAUCGAAUCUUUAUGGCAAAAAAUGAUGGAACUAAGCGUUGUGGGACUAACUUUCAACCCGUAUGGUGGGCGAAUGAGCGAAAUCCCAGAUUGGGAGACUCCAUUCCCGCAUCGAGUCGGAAAUAUUUUCAAAAUUGAGUAUGUUGUUAACUGGGCCGAAGGAGGGUCGAAAACGGAGGCUUAUUACGUUAACCAAUCGAGACUUUUGUACGAUUUCAUGACUCCUUUUGUGUCGAAGUCCCCGAGAGGCGCAUAUUUGAACUACAGAGAUCUCGAUAUCGGUACGAGUAGCGUCGGGAAUAAUAGCUAUGCCGACGGUAAAGUUUAUGGAGAGAAAUAUUUCAAGGGCAAUUUCGAGAGAUUGGUGAAAGUGAAGACGAUGGUUGAUGGAAGUAAUUUCUUCACAAAUGAACAAAGCAUCCCACCUCUGAAAGCCACAUGGAAGAAUAACUUUUAAAAUGAAACCAAUUUUAUUUUUAUUUUUAUUUUGGAGAAAAGACUUCAAGACCAAAAUCAGAGUGCAUUG